UGCGCCGCCCGCCCGCCCGCCCGCCGCCCUCCGCCUCGGCCCCCGCCGCCCGCCCGCGGUGAGUGCGCCCCGCUCUGCCCUGUCCCCCGCCCUGGUGCCCGAGGACGGCGCGGGGGUCGCCGCGGCCCUCAGCCGAGCCGCCGCCGGCCGCUGCCCGGGGCCGCCCCCCCCCGCUGCCGUGCUCCCCUCAGAACGGGGGGGUCUUGCCGUGACCCUCGGCGAGGCCCUGGGCCGGGGCGGGACAGGCCCGUCAGGAGCGACCUUGGGGGCCGGGCGAACGCGGGAUCCUGCCCCGGCAAAGGCGGCGUCGGCGGGGCGCUGCGAUAGCCGGUGUCCUCCGGGCAGCUGGGCUGGCUGGCAGAGACGCCUCUGCCGGCUGUAAGCAACGCGUCCCCUCGGCAAGCAGAACAGGCGUUCUUCAGCCCAAUUUGAAUGCAAUACCCUAGAGUGAAGGCCCUCUCCACCGUUCCCGUCCAUAGGGCUGCACAAGAUGCCAAAGCAGGAAAAUGGCCAAAAAGAAGAUUCUAUCAUCCAGAAUGACCUCAGUGAAUCAUUUGAAGAAGAAGUUAGAGCGUUCCUCAGUGAUGAAGAGAAACUGCAUCUUUUUGAUGACCUCACAAAAGUUAAUCCGGUGACAACUACAACAGUUCUGAAAUGUCUUCAAGCAAGAUACAGAGUAAACUUGUUUUAUACAAAUGCCGGCUGCAGCCUGGUGGCUUUAAAUCCAUUUCAGCCUGUCUCCUGCCUCUAUUCACCUGAGCUUAUGAGAGAGUACCAUGUUGCACUUCGUCCUCAGGAUUUAAAGCCUCACAUCUUUGCAGUGGCUGAACAAACCUACAGAAACGUCCAAAGCCAGAUAGACCCCAUAAACCAGUCUAUAAUUGUUAGUGGAGAAAGUGGUGCUGGGAAGACCUGGACAUCUCGCUGCCUUAUGAAAUUCUAUGCUUCUGUUGCUGCUUCAGAUAUCUCCCCAGAAGGCAAUGAAACUGUGGAAAGGAUAGAGAAGAGAGUGUUGGAUUCCAACCCUGUCAUGGAAGCAUUUGGAAAUGCAUGUACCCUGCGGAAUACCAACAGUAGCCGUUUUGGAAAAUAUAUCCAGCUUCAGUUAGACAGAUUCCACCACCUGACUAGUGCUUCCAUUCAGACUUUCCUUCUGGAGAAGACCAGAGUUGCCUAUCAGGCCCCCAAUGAAAGAAACUUUCAUAUAUUUUAUCAGAUCACAAAAGGUGCUACUGCAGAGGAGAGGCUGGAAUGGAACCUUCCAGAAGGGGCUGACUACCGCUGGCUGCCAAAUUCUGAAAGAAACUUAGAUGAAGACUGCUUCGAGGUGACCAGAGAUGCAAUGUUUCACUUGGGCAUUGACCACUCCACGCAGAACAAUAUUUUCAAGGUAUUGUCAGGCCUUCUCCAUCUUGGGAACGUUCAGUUCUCUGAUCCAGUGGUUGAAUCUCAGCCUUGUGAACUAGAAGACAAAACCAAAGAUUUUGUGAAGACCGCUGGAGAUUUGCUGAAGAUACCUUUCGAGGAACUACUGGAAACAUUAAGAGUUCGAACAAUAACUGCUGGAAAACAACAACAAGUCUUCAAGAAGCCAUGCUCCCGAGCUGAAUGUGAGACUAGGAGGGACUGCCUCGCCAAAGUGAUUUAUGCCAAAUUGUUUGAAUGGCUCGUUUUGGUCAUAAACGAAAGCAUCUAUGCAGAUCCAUCAGUGUGGACCAGCUUCAUAGGUUUGUUGGAUGUUUACGGUUUUGAAGCCUUCCCUGAGAACAACUUGGAACAGCUUUGUAUUAACUAUGCCAAUGAGAAACUGCAGCAGCACUUUGUAGCACACUAUCUGAAGGCACAACAGGAAGAAUAUGCAGCUGAAGGCCUACAGUGGUCUUUCAUAAACUACCAGGAUAACCAGAACUGCCUUGAUCUGAUAGAGGGCAAUCCUCUCAGCAUUUUUUCUUUGCUGAAUGAGGAGUGCCGUCUGAAUAGAUCCUCUAACACUGACCUGUUUCAAACUCGGAUUGAGAAAGCCUUGUCUAAUAAUCAAUGUCUAAGUCGGAACAAGUUUAGUAAGAAGCCCAACUUCAUUAUUUCACAUUAUGCUGGCAAAGUCUGCUAUCAACUGGCAGCAAUGGUGGAGAAAAAUAAGGACCCCAUUCCACCAGAGCUGGUCCAUGUUUUGCAGAAUUCUAAGGACCCUCUGCUUCAAAAAUUAUUUCCUGUGACAGAAGAGAACCAAAAUAACAUAAAAACCCAGAACAGAGCAGCUGUUGUUACAGUGGUGUCAAAGUUCAAGUGUUCGCUUGAACAUCUCAUGCAGAUUUUGAAUAGCACCACACCACAUUACAUCCGAUGCAUCAAGCCUAAUGCUGACUGCAAGGCAAUGACUUUUAAAAGAGAAGAGGUUCUCAGCCAGCUUCAGGCGUGUGGAAUAGUCGAAGCCAUCACCAUCAGUGCAGCGGGCUUCCCUAUUAGGAUCCCUUUCCAAAGCUUCACUGAGCGCUAUGAAAUACUGAGAAAAUCACGUGAGUCCAAUAAAAACAGAGCGUGCAAUAAAAGCAACUAUCAUACUGCCAAGGAAAAAGGUGAGACUCCAGUGGUGGAUGAUGACAAAGCAUCACGGUCUGCUGUUUUAGAGAUCCUUCAGAAUGUUGUUACAGGAGAAACUACUGCUGAGCAAACUGGGAACAGAACAGAACACACUACAGUGUAUUGCGGCAAAACCAAAGUAUUUAUGGCUAACUCUGUGCUGGAGCAACUUGAAGCUAGAAGAGCAGAGGUGUUAAAUGAGAGAGCAUUUUGCAUUCAGUGUUGCUGGAGAAAAUUUAAACAGAAGAAACUAGCAAAGGAGAGAUGGUCCGCAACUGUCAUCCAAGCAGCUGUUCGUUCGUGGCUGGCCAAGAAUCACUUCCAAAGGAUGCGCAGGGCUGCUAAUGUUAUUAAGUGUGGCUGGAGGAAAUGGAAAGCAAAAAUGGCUGCAUUAGCAGCAGCAGAAUUGGAUGAGGGUGAAGAAAAGGCGGCGUUCUCAGUUCCUGGAGCUACGGUGAUCUCAGCCAAACGACCUUGCUCUUUGGAAACAACCUGGCCUCUGCACUCAAUAAUUCAGUUCUGGCCUCUUGGCCUUGUCCUGGCUGCUGCACCUGUUACUGUAACGGGACUUCGGAGAGACCUGUCCCUGCUGGCAUGCCUCAGAGUGCUUCAGGAGAGCGACUGCUACAAGGCAGAAAGCUGCUUCUUUGGCUGUGGCAUCACCUCCAUUAGAGCUCUCCCACAGGGCUCUGUCAGGUUUCACUGCAGGAAGUCUCCCCUGCAUUACGCAAACGUCAGCCCCCAUACAGAUGCCUAUUCCAUCACUGGAUUUAACCAAAUUUUGCUGGACAGAAAAAAACUCCUUCCAACAUAGGUUUUGGCCAUCUGCAUAUACUGAACUUUUUCCUUCAGGGAAGGACUGUCUGCAAGCUGCUGCCUUAACUUACUCAACGUCCAUAUCUGCUGCUACCUCAGAGCUUUCUAUAUUGAUGCAUUGUACGUAUAAUAUAACAUACUUCAAAUUUAUAACGCAUGGGGGGGAAUUCAUCCUCUCACACACACGCACAUAUUAGAGGAAAUAUCAGUGCUAUGAGAACACGCAAUGUAAUUAAAAUAGAUCAAGUGCUUUAAGCAAUAUAUACUUGAACUGAACACUUCUGGCAGUACCUGGGAGAAGUAAGAGGCUGGCAAUAUGAGCAAAUAAGGCAGACGUGUCUGAUGCGUGCUGGAUUCUCGUGUGGAGGUACAACUACACCUGUUCUAACUGACCACAAGCGUUCAGUAAUAUCGUAACACUUCUGACUCUGAGGAAGUGAGCAACGGUCAACUGUAACACUAACGGCAGCUGUCUCAGGGAAAAGUGGGACUGAACUCUUGUGUUUUAUCUAUAGGACCAAAAUAUAUGUGCUGUCACAACUGCCACGCAUUUCUAGCGCUACCUAGCCAAUAGCUUUACCUCUGCCAAGGGGCCAAGGUCUCAUCAGAAGCACUCUGUACCGUCUCUUUGUUGCUCACACAGGUCUUGAAAAUGUUCAGCUCUUCUGUGUAUGCCACUCUCAAAUAAACCGUUAAAUACCUUGUAAA